AGUUCCUCUCUGACGUCAUCGUCAUCAUCAUCAUCAUGGCUGCGUCCUCGUGCUGUGCAUGUGCGUGAACAGAUGAAACACGGAAGAGCUCACGAGAAGAUGAAGAUUAAAAAGUCACGUGGAAAGAAGCUGUUUGUUUCUUCUAAAAGAGGCAUUGUGGUGAAGGGCAAAUGGAAGGCGGUGAAUGUGGAUCCCAGUCUGUUCUCUGAUGAUGGUGGUCUUGAGGGUCUCGUGUGUUUUGAAGAACUCACUGAUUAUUCCCUCGUGGAGCCUGAGAAUACCAUCACUGCAGACGAGAGUGUGAAAGACAGAAAGAAGAGGAAAGCCACAGAACAUCAUGAGAGAAAGAAGAAACUCAAGAAAGAUGAAACAUCUUCUGAUGUGUCCACUGCUGAUCAGACCGUAGCAGUAGAUAUGUUACAGGAGGAUCCUGCUGAUCAGACACUUAAAACACCACCACAAACAUCACAGAAGGAAGACAAGAAGAAGCGCAGGAAGAAGAAAAAGACCUCUACAGAAGCUGCUGAAGUGAUCGCUCCGUCCAGGAAGAAGAUGAAUAACUGGACGACUGCAGCUGUUGCAGACGCAGGGCAUCAGAGCGCAGAUGUGUCUGCAUGGAAAGAUCUGUUUGUUCCUGCAGAUGUUUUAAAAGCUCUCAGUAAACUCGGCUUUUCUGCACCGACUCCGAUUCAAGCGCUCGCGCUACCGCCGGCCAUCAGAGAUCAUCUGGAUGUUCUGGGAGCGGCAGAGACCGGAAGUGGAAAGACUUUGUGUUUUGGGAUUCCGAUGAUCCACAUGAUUCUGGAAUGGAGGGAAAAGUGCGAGAGGAAGGAUGAAUGCGGUAAAUCUGAUAGAGGAGCACAUGUGCAGAGCGAUUACCUGCCUGCAGUCAUCGAGCAAACAGACACCUGCGAUCAGACGAGUCAUGUGACACACACUAACAGUGAGGUCGUGCAGGAGGAGAGCGGCGAGACUGAGCAAUCACAUGAUCCAGAUGAAGAUGUGUGUGAUGAUGAUGAUGAUGAUGAUGAUGGAGUGAAUGACGUUAAAUGUAAGGAAACACCGUUGCUCGGCCUUGUGCUCACCCCGACCAGAGAACUCGCCGUUCAGGUCAAACAUCACAUUGAUGCUGCCGCUCAGUUCACAGGUAUUAAAACGGCGAUUGUUGUUGGUGGGAUGGCGCCUCAGAAACAGAAGAGGAUGUUGAUGCGGAGACCAGAGAUCGUCAUAGCAACACCAGGACGCUUGUGGGAGAUGAUAAAAGAUGAACACCCACAUCUGCAGAACCUGCGACAGCUUCGGUGUCUGGUCAUCGAUGAAGCGGACCGUAUGGUGGAGAGAGGUCACUUCGCUGAGCUUGAGAAUCUUCUGGAGAUGUUGAACACAUCUCAGUUCAACCCGAAGAGACAGACAUUUGUGUUUUCUGCCACGCUGACGAUGGUUCACAGUCUGCCGUUGCGUGUGCAGCAGAAGAAGAGCAAGAGGAAAGAGCAGCGCAGCAAACUGCAGCUCCUCAUGGAGAAAGUGGGAAUCAAAGACAAACCGAAGAUCAUCGACCUGACGCGCAGAGAAGCCACCGUAGAAACGCUGACAGAAACGAGGAUCAACUGCACGAAGGAAGAGAAGGAUCUGUAUCUGUAUUACUUCCUGCUGCAGUAUCCCGGCCGCACGAUGGUGUUCGCUAACAGCAUCGACUGCAUCAAGAGACUCAGCGCGCUGCUGCUGAUCCUCGACUGCGACCCGCUGCCGCUGCACGCUAACAUGCACCAGAAACAACGGCUGAAGAACCUCGAACGCUUCGCUGAGAAAGACAGUUGUAUUCUGCUCACUACAGAUGUCGCCGCUCGAGGGCUCGAUAUUCCCAACGUUCAGCACGUCAUUCACUAUCAGGUUCCUCGCACGUCUGAGAUAUACGUGCACCGCAGCGGACGAACGGCUCGAGCCACUAAAGAGGGACUCAGUCUGCUGCUGAUCGGACCUGAUGACCUCAUGAACUUCAAGAAGAUCUGCAGAACUCUGGAGAAAGAUGAAGAUCUGCCUGUGUUUCCUGUUCAGACCAAAUGCAUGAUGGCCAUUAAAGAGCGAGUGAAUUUGGCCCGCAAGAUUGAGAAAAUUGAAUAUUUCAACAGUCGAGAGAAGCAGCACAAUUCGUGGGUUCGACAAGCAGCUGAAGCGAUGGACAUUGACGUGGACGAUGAUUUGCUGUUGGGAGGUAGAAAAGACGAGAAUGAUGAGAGAGAGCAGCAGAAAUUAAUGAAAGUCCUGAAGAAACAACUCAAACAUCUGAUCUCACAGCCUGUGUUUAGAAACGAGAUGAAGACCAAAUACCCCACUCAGAUGGGUAAACUACAGCUGCCUCAGCUACCCAUCAGCACAGCGGACACGGCAUUAACUAGUGUGACUAAUCACAGACAAACACUCAAACACAAGCGGUAACGGGCUGUCUAAUAGAAACGAGAAUGUGUCGGUGUAAAAGUACCUUUCUUUGAGCUGGACAGUAAAAAUAGGUUUUCUCAGAGUUGAAACAGAUGUGUUUGCAUUAGAUAUGAUUUGAGUUCUUCCUGCAUGUUUCCUCUGAAAUACGAGCAGACCGCUGAGGCCUGACAUCUCUGCAGACGUGUCAUCAUGUAACUCGGUGUUUACAACCCUGUUCCUGGAGGCACAUCAGCAGUACACAUUCUUCAUCAGCUCGUUGUGGAGACUUCAACACCUGAAAUAAAGGGAUGUGUAGUGUUGGUGUGCAGGAACAGGGUUGUGAAGCACUGGUGUUACGGUUUAUUUCUACACAUGUUUGUAAUUGAUUAGUUCAUGUAGACUGAUGAUAAAAGCCCUGCAGGAAAACUUGCACUGACUGUUGAUGGUCAUCUGUGAAAACUCUUACUGUUCCUGUUAAACGUUUAUAAUGAACCCUGACUUACUUUACAAUGUGUAAUGAACUAGAGAACUUAAUUAAACACUCUCUUUGUAAA